ACAGUUGUGGAUGUUGCCGUGGAAGUGCCGAAAGAGUUUUUCCAGGAGAAGGACUACCUUGACCACAGGUACCAUGUGAAGAGGAUGGCGUACCUUCAGGUUCUGCAGCAAAACCUUGAGAGUGCAGAUUGGGUCGCCAGCUCAGUAUAUUCCACUCAUCAUGCGGACGUUCGAAAACCUUGUCUCCUUGUCAAGGCGAAGAAACCGGGCGACGUAUGUCUUCGUGUGCUCCUCACGAUCCCAGUUCACACAUUCCCGUCUGCCCGUUUGCAUCACGAGAAAGCAAAUCUUCGGAACUUGGAGAUCCAGAAUGAUGAAAGGUUGCCGAGUCCUCAUUAUAAUCAUUCGAUCAUUGAGGACAUGUUCAUGGAUGAGCACAUAAAGUAUCUGCGAGGUGCAGCAGAGACUGCAGAAUAUUAUGAAGAUGCAUGCAUCCUCUUGAAGGUAUGGGCUGCGAAGCGUGGGCUACUUGGUGCUCCUGAUGGAUUCAACGGUUUCGUGUUGUCUAUGAUCUUGGCUUACCUAAUUCGCAGUGGUGGAAAACUCAGCCCACAAAUGGAUGCUCAACAACUGGUCAAAGGUGCACUUUCAUUUUUGUCCAAUCCAGCAACGCUGAAGGCAGGCUUUACAGCCACUGGGGUAAAACAGAAUGUUGCUUCAUGGAGGAGUAUGUUUCCUUUUAUUUUCGUCGGACCUUGCGGAUAUGUCAAUAUUGGUGCACGGAUAUCACGAAGUGCUAUGGACGAGUUUAUCCACGAGGCUGCACGUUCUUCCUCUCUCCUUGAACGUGGUGGGAGGACAGCUUUCGAGCAAGUGUUUCUGGUUUCACUUUAUCCCGCUAUGCGUUAUGACCUUCACGUGCAUGUCAAGCUCGAUAGAAGUGACAAUACCGCUGUAGGAUCAUGUGAGGGGGAUAUCGUAAGUUGGCGCAACCACGAAAGAACGAUUCACGAUUUGGUCACAAAAGCCAUCAGCAACCGGGCAAAGUUGGUUCGUGUACAACAUCAACCAUUUGAGCAAGACGCAGAAGAUGAGACUGACCUCUACACGGUGUGGGUUGGAAUUAUUUUCGACCCUGAGCAUGCCUUGAGGUUGGUGGAUUUGGGCCCGAGCUCGGAUAAUGACAAGCUGGCAAAAGAGUUCCGGGCUUUCUGGGGAGACCGAGCAGAACUUCGCAGGUUUAAAGAUGGGCGAAUUUGUGAAUCUGUGGUCUGGGAUUCAAUUCCUUUCAACAAGCGUCAUCAUAUACCUGCCCUCGCCACUGAUUAUGUCUUGAAGAGGAACUUUUCAUCCACAGAGACUGUCGAGUGGAGCUGCAAUCUUUUGGAUCCAGCAAUGGGCAUGAAGGAGUCCGACUCGAAGGAAUCCUCUCCAAUCGCACUGAUUCAGUGCUUGGAUAGACUGGCAAAGCGAAUGAAAGAUAUGAAAGAGGUGCCACUCAGAGUGGUCAAUGCUCAGCCCAUUAGCCCUGCAUUUCGAGGAACAGAUCCAUUUCCACCGAGGCAGCACCAACUUGCCUUCGGUGCUGGCAUUGGACUUGGGCGAAGUGAUGAACAAAUGCCGGUGUGCCCAAAGACACUCGAUGUUGUCGUGCAGCUCGAAGGUAGCGGAAGGUGGCCUGAAAAUAGCAUGGCGAUAAACAAAACCAAGGCUGCUAUGGCCCUUAAGAUUGCCGAGCAGCUCCGCUCUAGCUAUGCAACCCCAACUAUCGUAACAGAGGAAGCUACUGAUGUCUUACACGAAGGGUACGUGUUCCGUCUUCACAUAAACUCAUCCGCGAGUGGGGCAAAUAAUGAAGCUGCUGAAAAAUAUCUGAUCAAGGGAGCUGCCCACGCUGCAGUCAUUGCAACAAUAUCUGCAAGGUUUCCGGUGUAUGGCGCGGCAACACAAGUGGCGAAGCGGUGGAUUUCGAGUCACAUGCUUGCGCCUCACAUUCGAGAUGAGGUAGUUGAACUAAUCAUGGGUUACUUGUUCUUGCAUCCUGGUGCAGUGGAUCCGCCGGGUUCAAGGGAGGUUGCAUUCAUUAGGUUCUUGGACUUGCUUGCAUCGCAUCCAUGGAACGUGUUGCCACUUUUUGUAGAUCCGGAGGAUGAAUUCACUCUAGCGGAUAUGCAGAAUCUGGAGAAGAAAAUGGACAGUUCAGAUGCGUCGUCGAUGUGCAUCGCGACUCCAUAUGAUACCGAAGGUGACCUGUGGACGCAACGCGGUCCGCCAGGAGUUGUAUUGAAGCGCGCUCAGGCUCUUGCUUCUCGAGCUGCCGAACGCCUGAAAGUCCUUCUCCAAGGGAAGAAUAGGAUGGGACACAAUCUUUCUGGGUCAUUCAUGAAUAAUCUGUUGCUUGGUGAUGCAUCAGCUUGGGAAUCUCUCUUCACACCCGCGCUCAUGCAUUAUGAUAUCGUGCUGAAGUUACGAAGGACAGCCUUGCCGUUUCCUGACCAAGCGUUGUUC